AUGCUGCAGUUUGUCCUCCUCUUCGUGGUGGUUGCCGGAGUUUAUCUGCUCCUCAACAAAACGCUGUUCAAACGCUCGCGCUGCAGAGGAAACCUGCCCAUGGCCAAGAAGACGGUGGUGAUCACAGGAGGAAACAGUGGAAUUGGAAAAGCCACAGCGCUGAACUUGGCUCGAAGAGGAGCUCGGGUCAUUAUGGGAUGUCGGAACCAGCGCACGGCGGAGGCAGCCAUCUUAGAGAUCCAGCAGGAGACGGGUAACUCGGACGUGGCCUUCAGACACCUGGACUUGGCCAGUCUCAAGUCGAUCCGAAACUUUGCUGAAAACCUGCUGAAGUCGGAGCCCAACAUCGACAUGCUCAUCAACAACGCAGGUCUGGUUGGAGACGGCCGCACAGAGGACGGUUUUGGAGUCCAGUUUGGAGUGAACCAUCUGGGACACUUCCUGCUGACAAACCUGCUCUUGGACAAACUGAAACAGAGUCCCAGCGCCCGCAUCAUCACUGUGUCCUCUAUGGCCCACCGCUGGGGACACGUGGACUUCCAGACCUUGCUUCAGACCCGGGACCUGGGCACUGGUUCGUACUCGUGGCAGUUCUUUGCUGCGUACUGCAGCAGUAAACUCUGUAACAUUCUGUUCACGCGUGAACUCAGCCGUCGCCUCCAGGGAACCUCCGUGUCCUGCUUCUGCGUUCACCCAGGCGUAAUCCGCACAGAGCUGGCUCGUAAUAUCUCGUUGUGGCAGAAGGAGGGACUGGAGAAACUCAGCGGCUCCUACUUCAGCUGUUGCGAGCUCCAGGAGCCCGCCUCCCAGGCCAAAGACUCCCAGACCGCUCGCCGCCUGUGGGAGGAGAGCGAGCGCUUCUGUGGCCUGCAGUGA